GCGACCAAAUUCGAAUUGAAUUUCAAAUUUCGCGCGCUGUCACGCGACACAUGACACAAGAAAAGUAAGGUUAUGUCGAGAUGUUGGGGCUUUUUAAACAAAUCGUGAGACACAAACAUGCCCCUGACCACUGGUCAGUUGUGCGGAAAAAAAUCCACCCAGUGGACAAAGCAUUGGCCCAUUUUGACGACUUCUACCGGCAAGUUUUCGAGAAGAAUUGGGACUCCAUGCGGGAGGGGCUCCUCGGGAAGCAGAAAUACGUGGCUGUUGUUAACAAUUACUCGGAUUGCGAGGCCACAAUGGCCAGGCUUGAGUUGCAAGGGGCUUUGAAUAUGCGAACUUUGUUUAAACUCGAAAAACAGUACUCAAAAGAGCGACGGACGGUUCAAGAAAAACAGAAAACGCUAAAUGAGGUUCACAGGAUCGACCGAGAGCUUGAAUUGAGGGUCAAUGAGCCGAAAAAUGUCUCCCUUCAAGCGAGUUUGGACAGUGCUGAGCUUGACCUUCGACGGAUUAUUGACACUCAAAAUGCCCUCUCAGGGGAAAUCCUCCACGAAUUCGUCCCCGCGACGAAAAUCAAGGGCAAGGAGGAUUUCAUACCGGAAUCCACGCAUUACAAGUUUUACAAAAAUGAUAAUUUUGAGGUUUUUAUUGAGGAAGAGUUUGAUAUUCACUUCCCGGAGCAUUUGAACGUUUAUUGUUUCGAGGAGGGGAAUCACAGCGAUUUUGAGGUUUCCUCGAGUGGGUCUACGGGUGUGUUGGAUUACUACAUGAUGGAUGGGGGGUCGGUUUUGCCCGUUUUGGCCCUUGAUAUACGCCCCGGGAACACUAUUUUGGACUUGUGUGCCGCCCCUGGGGGCAAAACGUUACUAGCAAUCCAGACGUUAUACCCUAGCAGGAUUAUAGCAAAUGAUGUUUCAAUGUCUAGAACAAAUCGGAUUUACAAAGUCUCGAAACAGUUUCUUUACGAUUUGAAUGAAAGGUGGCUCAGGCCGGGGAAACUCAUGAUUACGAAUUUCGACGGCAGGUCGUUCCCCCAGGAGAAUUUUGACCGGAUUUUAGUCGAUGUUCCGUGCACAACAGAUCGUCACUCGGUUAAAGAAAACGACAAUAACAUUUUUAAGCCUUCGCGGGUCAAAGAAAGGCUGAAAUUGCCCGAAAUACAGUGCGAUUUGCUAUUUAAUGCGUUGAAACUAGUCAAAAAAGGGGGAGUUGUUGUGUAUUCAACUUGCUCACUUAGUCCCAUUCAAAAUGAUGGUGUUGUUCACAUGGCUUUGAAAAAAAUAUGGGAAGAAACCAAAAUUAAAAUUGUGGUUGUUGAUUUAUCGCCCGCUCUUAGACAAACAAAAAGUGUUUUUAAACUAGCCAACAAGAAAAUUAUGAAAUAUGGACAUUUAGUAGUGCCGUACUUACCCCAAAAUUACGGCCCCACGUAUUUUUGUAAACUGAAACGAAUAAACUAGUAAUUUGAAAAAAUC